AUGCUCUCACAAUCCCCUGGAGGUGCAUUGACAACAUAUAUGUGGAGUAGUGUUCCCCCUAAUGGUGAUAUGCCUCCACAUGGCUGUUGUCACUCUUUGGCAAAUUACAAGGAUGAAUUUCUUGUUCUCUUUGGUGGCGGUGCACUGCAUUACGUGUAUAAUGAGGUUCAUUGCUUUGACUUAAAAACAUGUAGAUGGACAUAUAAGGAAACAAUUAAUAGUGAAAUUGUUGCCCCACGUAUUAGCCACUCUGCUGUAGUCUAUGGUGAUAAUAUGUAUGUCUAUGGUGGACAAGAUUUACAUAUGCCCAUGUUAUUUUCAGAUGUUCUUAUUUUAAAUCUUAUUACCUUUACAUGGUCAUGGUUACACAUGGCCCCACCGGAACCAGAUGGUCCAGGCGACAGACGACUUCACACCGCACACAUUUACCAAAAUCGAAUGUACAUACUUAUGGGAGAACCAUGUAAUACCUCUAACAGUUUCUGGUAUUUAGAUCUUGAUACCCAUACAUGGCAUGUAGUUCAAUCCCUUGGAAACUUUGGGAAACCCAUUCUUCCUUUAUUAGGUCACAGUGCACAGGUGGAAGGGGAUUAUCUUUAUGUCUUUGGUGGUUAUCGCGCCAACACAUCCUCACAGACGGGAGGGUUUCUCUACAGUAAUUCCCUCUUCCGUUAUCAUUUUCCAAGUAAUAUGUGGCAAGAGAUAGCCCCCUGUGGAGCCCCACGUCCACCGCCGCGUUAUUCCUGCGUGAUGGCGCUUCUCGGUGGACGGGUGUACAUUCACGGUGGCGAUACCGACGGCGAAGAGUACUUUGAUGAUUUUUGGUGUAUGGAUACCACCGCAGUGGCCCCGCAGUGGGUGGAUCUCACUUUAUGUGGGGGAAAGGCUCGGCCUAGUGCUCGCAGUGGACAUGCCUCUGUAGUCGCUCAGGGAUCUCUCUUAAUAUUUGGCGGUGAGUUACCAGGAGAUACAGAUGUGGUUUACUACUCUAAUCGUCUCUACCGAUAUCCAUUAGGACUCUUCACUCAUUUAUCACUUUCAGAGUUAGCGCUUCGUUGGUUGGCAAAGCUGAGUCGAGUUAAUUUAAGAGUAUUGCAAGAACGUCUUCCACAUCAGUUGAGAGUAGCACUGAGGCAGGGAUCAUGUGCAUUUGAAAAAGAAGACAUAGAUGAUCUUAUGCCGUGUACACGAAUACUAUAA